AUGUACCAAAACUUCUCGGAAGUCCAAAUUUAUAUCAUAUCAGCCUUAUCACUUUAUUCAAAUGCUCUGCUAAUAUUUUAAAUCGUCAAGAAAAGUCCGUCGUACCUUGGAAACUACAAAUAUCUUAUGCUAAUUUUCAGUCUCUUUGGAAUUUCAUUCGGUUUUAUAAAUGUUACGUGUCAACCGAAAUUGCAUUUUUACAAAGCUUCAUAUAUAAUUUUCAGUGAAAAUCCUCUUGGAUUACCUAGAAAGUUGAAUUUAUGGUAUUUAGCUCUAAACUGUUCCACGUAUGGAAUAACUUUGUAUCUCCUGGCUUUUCACUUCAUCUAUCGAUAUUUGGCCGUUAUAAAACCUCAGCGACUAUAUUAUUUCUCGUUUCCUUAUUUUUCAAUAUUCAUUGGUGUUUUCCUCUUUGUGACGUUGGAUUGGUGGUUUUCAGCUGUCUAUUUUGCCGGCGAAAAUGGCGAAGUGGAGGAGUAUAUCAGAGAAAACAUGCUGCAAACUUUCAACCUGUCAGUUUCUGAUUAUACCUAUGCCGUAUCGAUCUUCUAUAGAAAAGAUCCAAAAACUGGCGUGGAGCAGGCAAGUCUCCCAGAUUUUCUAUUUCUAGCAAACUUAGAUGGAAUUAUUGUAGGUCUAACGAGAAAUUUUCGGUUCAAAACAUUAUUUUUUCACACCAUUGGUUUUUUCAUAAUUGGAUUUUGCUGGCUGAAACUUCAGCGGGUCUUCCUUCAAAAAUCGCAUAGUUUCGCGAAUUUCCAGUCGAGAAGAACCAUGGAAAUGCAGCAUCAACUAUUCCGCGUCCUAGUUUUUCAGACUAUUUUCCCAAUUUUUCUGCUUUUCUUCCCUGCCGGGUGCCUUCUAGGCUUUCCAGUUUUGAAAUUUGAGCCAGGUCCAGUGGAAUCCAUAAUUUUGUCGCUUAUGGCCACUCAGCCAGUCAUGGAUUCCCUAGUACCUAUGUAUUUUAUAAGAGACUACCGAAAUGCAAUUAGGAAGGUUUUUGUAAAGGUUACAGUACCUGAACUAUCAGUUACAACGCCGGGAAAUCGAGUUUUUCCAAUAUAAAU